CUUCCAGCCAUUCUUCCCCGCCAUCCUGAUAUUCGUAGUCCUAACGUAGUGAAAUGGUCAAGUGUAUAUAAGAGAGUAGAUCCCGAGCCCCCUUGGCAUAAGAACAUCACCCAUCUAUCAAAGAUACAUCCUUUCUCGAUCUCUAUAUCUCAAUAUCAGAUCUCGAGAUCCGCAAUCAUGCAUUCCACCCUCACAAAUAUCCUCUUCCUCUCCACGCCCAUCCACGCCGGCAUCACAGCCCGAGUCUGGGCCCAUUUCUACCCCAAUUGUCCCGGCGAACCCUUCUCCAACCUCGAUACAUACGAAAACUAUGAAGAAACCGCCCCCUCCCUAGUGAUCACGACUGGCAUGUGCGCCAACGUCGGCGUCCCCUCCUACGAACACAACCUCGUCAGCGCUAUCUCCGUUGACGCCGAACUGCUCUCCCAAGACUCCGGCCGUCCCUAUCCACCACAGACCGGACCACGCUGCAACAUCACCGUCCACGAAGUACCAGAGUGUAUCGACCCACCGCUGAUCAACAAAGAACUCAGCCAAGGCGUUGAAAUAAGCCAAUGCGAGCCCCGGUCUUUCGCAGCAUACAGCGAAAUAUGGCUUCAACUUGUCUGCGACGACAAGAAUGAGGAGUCCCCAUCACACCAGGCCCAGGAUACCCCACGCAUCCAAGGUACGGCCCAAUUUGAGAGUGCGGCGAACGUGCAGACGCCCGGCUCGAACUCGUUUUCGUGGUCGAAAGCUCAGACUGAGUAUUCGGGACGGAAGCCUGAGGAGGAAGGGCGCGUGAAUAAUGAGGGGCAUGCUGAGAGUGCCAAGAUUGUGCACGAUAUUAUGGAGAAGAUUCGGCAUCAGGCUGCUAGUAUGGUAACUGGGAAGCAUAAUGCCACGCAGCCUGCGUUGAAUGCGACUCUGCAACAUGUUAACGGCACCGCGGCUGGCAACCAGACUCUGUCGAGGAGAAAGUUGUCUGUCUUGCGCAGUCGGGUAGCUCGAUUGUAG